AUUUACUAAUGUACACUUAGCAUUAGCAAUUAGCGACGAACGACGGACAGGACAGUGAGCGACGAACGGCGAACCCACCGGAGCGGCGAAUCAGGAAGUGCUGGCUCAAGAGAAGGCGCAAGCAUCAUCUUCUGUUAAUGAAGACAUAGAUCUUGAUGAACUGAUGGAUGAUCCUGAGCUAGAAAAGUUGCAUGCAGAUAGGAUUGCGGCUCUCAAGAAAGAAGCAGAGAAGCGACAAGCUUUAAAACGGCAAGGGCAUGGAGAAUAUAGAGAGAUUAGUGAAGGAGAUUUUUUGGGUGAAGUUACUGGUAGUGAGAAAGUGAUUUGUCACUUCUAUCAUCGAGAGUUCUACCGAUGCAAGAUCAUGGAUAAGCAUUUGAAGUCUCUUGCACCAAGACAUGUUGAUACAAAGUUCUUAAAGUUGGAUGCUGAGAAUGCUCCCUUUUUUGUUACAAAGCUGGGAAUUAAAACUCUACCAUGUGUCAUCUUAUUCAGGAAUGGAAUAGCUUCGGAUCGGCUGGUUGGUUUUCAAGACUUGGGAGGAAAAGAUGAUUUCAGUAUGAAGACUCUGGAGGGUUUUCUGUUAAAGAAAGGAAUAAUCAAAGAGAACAAGAAAGAAGAAGAGGAUGAUGAUUCAUAUGCUGAUAGAAAUAGAUCAGUGAGAUCAUCAAUCAAUCCUGAUUCCGAUUCAGACUGAUGAGUAAUUAGUCAUAUUGGUUUCUUCCAAUCAAACGAGUAUGUUGACAUUUUCCUUUUGCUGAAUCUUCCACAUCUUGGGAUACCUCUCUAUUAUCUAAUACAAAGUCUCUUCAUUGUUGAGAUGAUAAUUGGUAAAGAUUGAAUGUUGUGGCAGAAAUAGUAUGUUGUAAUAGUAGUUUUAACAUUUCUGCCUA